AUGGAUAAUGAUUACAGGUGGAUUAUAAAGGAUAUUGUGGAUUUAGAAGAUCAAGGGGAUUUAUUGAAAUAUCGUGGACAAAAGUCAUUAAUCGCUGCUCAAAACAAACAAUCUCUUGACUAUCUUCUAAUUGUCGAGCAAAAUGUUUGCCGUACUAGAGAUUCAGGGAUUGAUGAAUGCCAUUACAAUUCCUCGUGUAAUUCUCUUGCUUCAUUGCUUACGCGUAAAGAAAAUUUAAUUGCUAUGAAACACAUGAUUGGAUUGCAAAAAUACCCUAAAUCUGGUCGUGAUCCCAUAGAAGGACAUCGUGUCUUUUCUAAUCGACCAAAACCUAUGACGGAUGGUAUGCUUAUUACUAUUGAUACUGCAAGAGCUAUGCCUUUUUUCGAUAAAUUGGAUUUAUCUGACAAGGUGACUAAUUUAGUCGAUCAGAACCCUGACUAUUUUUGGCUACAACUUUUCGCAAGUUCCAAAGUUAUAGCUCCUAGAUGCACAAAUAUUGUAUUGUUUGGAUUGUAUUUAUGA